GUGGUCAGGGAUACUUCUCUCCGGUCAGGUUCUGGGUGUUUGAUCAGAUUUGUGCCCUGUCAUGAGCAGCGUGUCUCUCGUGUCUGUAGACUCGGAGGUGACUCUGGUGUGGGAGAAGCGUCCGACUGCAGACGAGGAGCAGAGAGCCAGACGCCUCCUCCUGCCUCCUACCUUCCUCUGCGGCGUCAGCAGCGACUCCGAAGCAGAGACCGAGAGACCGGAUGACUUCAGCACUGAGCUCCAGAAGCUGAAGCAGGCCCAGCUGAGUCCGGUCUGUAGCACAGCACCUGCUCAGGACACACCGGUAAAGCCUUCCCAUGAUGCAGCAGCUGUGGAGACGAGCGGUAGUGGCACAGAUGAGAGUCAGACAGACACGCGUCCAAUCGACCUCUCCACCAAGACAAGCAGUGAGAGCGACUCCAGCACAGCUACAGGUCUUUCUUUUGGAUUCAAAUCUGCAGGUGGCUUAUCAAUUACAGAACUGACACAGAAGUUCGGAAAAAAAUCAUUUGGUAAAAAAGAUGAUAAUUUCUCAUGGCCAGGCGCAGGAGCCAAAGUCUUUGAAAGCGCAGCGUCACAAACUGAAAGAGAGAAACCCAGCCACGAAGCAGAAGAGGAGGGCAGUGACGACGACCGACCAUGAGCUGAGUCUGUGUGCUCCUCGUGUCAAAUUAUUUUUUAAUCUAAAACCAUUUAAAAAUAUUUAUUGUUUGAAAUAGAGAUAUAUGAGAACAUGAGAAUCAAAUACUUUAUUUCUGGGCACCAUUCUCAUUUUACUUUCAUUUAAAGUGCAUGAAAUUAUUAACACUGAAUAAAUAACUGUAUAAAUAAAUAACUGU